AUGGUUUCACUCUCCAAAUUUGCGUUAUCAGUUUCUAUGUUGCUAGCUAUUAUUUUUGUUUUUCAGUUGAAGGGUGGUAAUAGUUUCAGUAUCCUUAAGCCCGUAGUACACAUGUAUAUUACCAACAACUUGACCAAUGGUGAACAACUCGGAGUCCACUGUAAAGACAAAGAUCAUGAUAUUGGAUAUCGAGCAAUACAUUUUCAAGAACCUUACGCUUUCACUUUUAGGCCUGCUUUCUUCAUAUCAAAUACCUUAUAUUUUUGUGGAUUUAACUUUGGUUCUGAAUCUCACUACUUUGAUGUUUACGUUCAAGACAGAGAUGAGAAAGCUGUCGACAAAGAAUGUCAUUGGCAAAUAAAUAAAUAUGGACCAUGUAGGGUUAAUGUUUUAGUUAAUCCCAACUCUAUAGAAUGCUUCCCAUGGCCUUCUGAUUAA